CUAACCUGUCAUCAAUAGUGUUGCUGCUGUGCUGUAUCUGUGCUGCUAAAGCUCUCUGCAGGUAGUUCUAAACUCUCGUGAUGCUGUGCCUCGGACUGAGCUGUUUUUUGCUCCAUGUGUUUGUGGUGUUUGGGACAGAGCUGACGUUUGAGCUCCCCGACAACGAUAAGCAAUGUUUCUACGAGGAGCUGGAGAAAGACGUGAAGUUUGACAUAGAUUUCCAGGUCAUAUCAGGAGGAAAUUAUGACGUGGACUGCUUUGUGACGGAUCCUCUAAACAACGUCCUGUAUAAUGAGAACAGGAAGCAGUAUGACAGCUUCUCUCACACCACGACCAUGAAGGGAGUCUACAAGGUCUGCUUCAGCAAUGAGUUCUCCACUUUUACACAUAAAAUAGUGUAUCUGGACUUCCGCCAUGGAGAUGAGGAACCCCUCCUGCAGAGCAUGACUAGAGAUACAGCACUGACUCAGUUGGAGACGUCUUGUGUCUCCAUCCAUGAGGCCCUGAAGGUAGUGGCUGAGUCACAGACGUGGUACAGACUCAGAGAGGCCCAUGACCGUACGAAAGCGGAGCACCUCCACGAGCGGGUGACCUACUGGUCUGUCGGAGAAACUAUUCUGCUGUUUGUCAUCGGCGUUGGACAAGUUAUGAUGCUCAGGAGCUUCUUCACAGAAAAAAAGGGUUCAGUGGCAGCCACUACUUAGAGUCAAUGGUCAGUCAAUGUGAACACAAAUGUGCAUCUAGUAGUAGUUUAAAUAAACCUCUUAGUAGAGGGAAAGGUCAGGAAGUUUUUUUUAAUCUUUAGUUUACCCAGAGUCAAACUUAAGGGAAAAGCCUGCUACAUCUGUCACGUCUGUAUGUUUAGUUCUCAAUGAGCUGUACUGAAAAGAAGAUCCUUAAAAUGGAGAGUGACACCUGUCCUUGCACUUAAUAUUUAUUAUAUUUUUAUUGAAUACAAUAUAAAGCAGCUGUUUACGACCCACAGUCCAUAUAAAACAUGUCACUGGUGCCAGCAAUUACAUGAAAAGCCAUUGAAGUUUAGUUUCUGAAUGUCAGUUACAUUUGUCAAUGUUGGUUUUGUUUUGUUUUUUUUUUUAACUUAAUUUAUGUGCACAUGUUGUUGAAAGAGCGCUGUACCACCUUUUGUGUCAUAUAAAAUGCCUCACAACAUCUCUUUAAUUUCCCUUCAAGUGAAGAGUUAACUGUUUUGAACUGGUAAGUGCCAUACUGCUGUUACUGAAUUAUUGGAUUUUUACAUUUUCAUCAUGUUUUGGUUAAGUGUGAUGAGUCCAUGUUUUUCUGACUGAGAUAAAUUUAAAGGACAUUUCUAUGUGACUUGUAAAUCAGAUUUUUUUUCCUCAAGAAAGUUGUGGUUUCCCUAAAUUUUGUUUAUCAGUCUCUUUAUUACCUGCAUACCCUGGCAUUCAAUGGAAGCACAUUUUGGUUUUAAGUGCCUUAUUGUGAAUGUGCAGAUGGAAUUUAUAAACUUUUCAAGAUAA